CCUCAAAAACAGAUACAAAACCAUCACCAGUUACCCAUAAAUACCCCAAUAUCCCGCAUCAAUCCCGGAUUUCAACGUCGCACAACAACACACACGCAUCCGCGAAAAUGGUCGCCGUAACCCCCAAGCUGCCGAUGCUGCACGCGAACAACAGGCAGGAGAUCGGAAUCAUGAUCGGCUUCAUCGCGCUGUUCAUUAUCGUCACGGCGCUCUUCUCCUUCCUCUGGAGCUCUAAGAAUAAGCGUCAUGAUAAGUUUGAGGUGGAGCGCCAGAGGGAUCUCAAAGAGCAGGGAUGGGGAAUGCAGGGGUGGGAUAGGUCGGGGAGGGUGAAGAGGGAGGGGAAUGAAUUGGGUGGUGUGUUUGAACAUGCUGAGGAGGUGGGUAGGCCAGGGCAAGAACAGGCGAAGCCUGAGUAAGGGGAGAGGUUGAAUUGAGGGAGAGGAGAUAUUGAACGGGAUGUUGGGAUGUGGAGUUUUGCUGCGGAUACCAUUCGUUAAGUGCACGGUUGUAUAAUAUUGGAUCUUGGAGUAUUCAAUUAGUUUGAAAUGAGACGACUGUAUAAGUCACCAUGGUAUAAAAUAGAUAUAUCAAA